AUGGGAACCCUUUGUUCUCGAAUAUUAAUUUUUCUUUGUAAAUAUUCCCUUCUUUUCUGUUCACGCUUUAAUUUUGAUUCUUCAUGUUCAUCAUAUCCUUUUUUCCAUCUCUUUGUUCCUUCAAACUCUUCUGCCAGUCCUCUUUUUGUAAUUUGUCUUGCUGGAAGAGUGUCUGAUACAAGAGGAGCAUCAAAACCUUCAGGAAUAUUAGGGAGAAUUGGACUGGGAGAGGAUGGAGGGGAUGGAGGAAUAUCUGUAUCACCGGGAGUAUUAUAUUCAGGAGUAUAA